UCUCGGCAGAAUCAGUCGCACUGUGAGUCGCACUUCGCAGUUUAUAGUUGCAGUGAGUCACGGUCGGUCGUCACGUUGUACGUACGUUGGUCGUUGGCGCGCAUUGUUAGUCAUUCGUGAGUGAUCGAGGUAUGCACCGUUAAACCAAGAACGAAACGCGCAUCCCUAUUCCUUUCACACAGGCGAGAUCGCGCGGCAUUUAGGUGUUGCGCGAGUGAAUUGUAUAGAAGUGUCUAGUUGUGUUUGAGCGCGAGACGAUGAUUCUAUAAGGGAUCAAUUCAGAUCAAGUCUCUAUAAAUAUCCCUCUCGAUCUCUUACCGAUUCAGUUUAAAAAGAGAUUCGCUGAACAACAAUCAUGUGGAAACCCUUCGAACCUGGCAGUUCGCCCGUAGAUUGGUGUGAGCGCAACUACAACAUCUCUCCUAGCAUCGCCGAGUUCAUGAACACGUUGAGUAAUGUGGUCUUUGUGUUGCUUCCACCCGUGCUCAUGCACCUAUUUAGAGACUAUGCACGCUUUGUGAAUCCAGGAAUUCAUGUGUUCUGGUUUUUACUGAUGGUAGUCGGACUUACUAGUGCAUAUUUUCAUGCCACUUUAUCCUUGAUAGGUCAACUAUUAGAUGAAUUGUCUAUUUUGUGGGUGUAUAUGGCAGGAUUCUGUAUGUUCUUUCCCAGAAGAUAUUUCCCCAAUGCCGUACAUAAUGACAGAAAGCUCUUCUCUAUAUGCGCAACGUUACCCACUCUAAUCGCCACCGGCUUGGCCUUGAUACAUCCGGCUGUAAAUGCAUUUGCAUUGAUGAGCUUAGGUGUACCGGCGAUUGGAUUCUUGAUCAUGGAACUAAAGAGGACUACCUCGAUAAGGGUGUACAGAUUAGGAUUGCGAUGCGGCGCCAUGUGGGUACUAGCAGUAAUCUGUUGGCUAAAUGAUCGUCUGUUCUGCGAUACCUGGCUGAAUCUAAACUUCCCGUAUCUCCAUGCAUUGUGGCAUUUGUUCAUCUUCAUUGCGAGUUACACUGCGGCGGUGCUCUUUGCGUACUUCGCUGUACAAGACGAGAAGCCGCAGCAAUCUCCGGUGCUCAAGUAUUGGCCCAGGGACACCUUUGAACUUGGCAUACCGUACGUAACUAUUCGAAGUUAUAUGAAGUCGAGUUAUAAUUUAAAUAUAUAGCUCUCGUAAUAAUUCCGAAAGCAUUAACAAUAUAAUGCAUUAUUAAUUAUUAUAUGAGAAUAUAUACUUAGUAGCGAUAGCAAUAUUUAAUGUUUAAAUGCAAAGAUGUUUAACGUGAUGU